AUGGCUUCCCGGACUUCUAGAUUAACUGAUGAGAAAAAGCAGCGGUUCUGUGCUUUACUGGGUGAUGCUGAACUGACUCUUCUCUACAAAGCUUCUGUUCAUGGAUAUGAUGCUUCAGCCUUCCAUCAGUGCUGUGACCGUCAGGGUCCAACCUUACUUGUAGCUUACAAUAAUUCAGGCUACGUCUUUGGAGGAUACACUAGUGUAGAUUAUACUCAAAGUGGAGGGUACAUUACUGAUGACAAGGCUUUCCUGUUCAACGUUCCUAAGCAUGGUGGGAACCCUAUAACCAUAAAAGUUAAAAGUGGAUGUCACGCACGCCUUGAUGACUCCGGAGUGCCCAACUUUGGCCAACAGCUGUUCUUUUGCUAUAACAACAGACCAUGUUUAUCUGAUAACAGUCAGAUGGGAUUAGGGUCUAAUACAUACUGUAAUACUAAUAUGUAUAAUACUUUCAAGUUUAAUGCGAAAACACUGUAUGGAAAUGACACUCAGCUUGCUGAAUGUGAGGUGUACAAAGUCAGUCAUCAGAAAAAAAAUCAGGUUACGGAGAAGCAGUGGAGGAACGUUUGGUGGACAGUCGAACAAAAACAAGAGCUUCUGAAGAGCAUCAAGAACUAUAAACCCCUGGAGUCCUCAGUGAACCGGGUUCAAAUCCUCAUGAUCGGUCCUGUAGGUGCUGGAAAAUCCAGUUUCUUCAACUCCAUCAACUCCAUCUUCAUGGGUCGCAUGACCAACAAAGCCAUGGCAGGAUCAUCAGGCACCAGUCUCACCACACACUUUCGCACAUAUCCAGUGAAAGAUGGUCGUGAGGGAAAGCCAUUACCCUUUGUGUUGUGUGACACUAUGGGACUUGAGGAGCAGUCGGGUGCAGGUCUGGAUAUCGAAGACAUCAGCUGCAUUCUCCAAGGUCUCAUACCAGACCGAUACACGUUUAAUCCGGUGGCACCGUAUCAACUCAAAGAGCAAAAGUUCUCCAGAUCAGCAUCUCUGGAGCAGAAGAUCCACUGUGUGGUGUAUGUGAUAGACGCCACCAAAAUCUCCCUCAUGUCCAGCAAACUGGAGGAAAAACUCGCUGGCAUACGCAGAAAGCUAAAUUUACUAGGUGUUCCACAGAUCGUCUUGAUGACUAAAGUAGAUGAGGCGUGUCCUCUGGUGGAGGAGGAUCUUCAAAAGGUUUACAUCAGUUCCUACAUUAAGACAAAGGUACAGGAGGUCAGCUCUCGGCUGGGUGUUCCUGUGUCUUGUGUGUUACCCGUGAAGAACUACAGUCAGGAGCUGGAGCUCAACCUCAGCUGUGAUGUUCUGCUUCUCACUGCUCUACAGCAGAUGCUGCGCUUUGCCGACGACUACUUUGAUGAUAUUUCUCCAAUGCAGGGCAACUCUUAAUAAAGACUGAUGAUAGUUUUUUGUACAUUUUAGUUCGGAAUAUGUGUGUCAGUUUUUGUAAAGA